GGUCAUGAAACAGGCUAGCUCAGGACCGCAAAAUUUGUGGAAGAUGAAGAUCAAUGUGAGAAUAUAAUCUGAUGUUUCCUUAGUCAAAAGCUUCUAGCCGAGUGAGCCUAUAAAUAAGCAACUUAAAUGCGAAAACAAUGAAAUUAUGCUGCUCCUGAUCGGCCGACGAGAGCCACCCUUCGUGGGAUUUGAAGUUCUUGAAGGAGCCUAUGCAUGGGGGUAGAAGAAGGAACAAUUCGAAGCGACCCAAGGUAGGAGAAUAAGGGCAGUCAGUAUCAGUGGACUCACUUCACCGCCCUCGUGUUUUUCUGGGUGGCUCACAUUUGCUUAUAUCUGAUAUCUCAGUAUCAAGGGAAGUAGGCAUGCCAGACCUUUCACAGGAUAUCAUUGCAGACAUACUCUCUCGACUUCCUCUGAAGUCUGUGUGUCGAUUCAGGUGCGUGUCAAAGUCAUGGUUCAAUCUUACCACCGAACCCCACUUCAUCAACACCCAUCUCAACCGGCACCGGAAGAAGCAGAAAAUCAUUCUCAGUUCUAAUAAUUCCCUAUUCUCCUUGGACCCUGAAGCACCUAUAGAUGAUGAUAUGUUACCCUUGGAGAUUGAUUUUCCACUUAAGAACCAUCCCAACACUGAGUGGGUUCACAUGUUUGGUUCCUGUAAUGGUUUGGUCUGCAUCAUGCCUCAGCCAGAAGCCUUCUUUAUAUUCAAUCCCACCACUAGAGAGUCCUUGAGAGUACCAGAUUGCCCCAUGCCAAGUCAUAUUUGUCCUCCAGAACCACAAGAAGUAAUGUUUCAUCAUGCAUAUAGUUUUGGUUAUGCUUCUUCGAUCGAUGAUUACAAAUUUGUCAAGGUUGCUUAUGGAUGCAUGGUACUCAUUUUUUCAUUGAAAAGCAGUUCAUGGAAAAGGGUUCAAGACUUUCCUUACAAACAUUGUUUGGAGAAGUCAGGGACGACUCUCAAUGGAGCUGUCCACUGGUUAUGUAGACGCCUUGAAGUUGGAGGUACAUGUGUGAUUGCUGCUUUUGAUUUAGCACAGGAGAAGUUCUCAGACUUGCCCCCACCUGAAUCUGUCACAGAUUAUAAGAGAUUUACAACUGGUGUUUUGAGAGGGUGUCUUUGUUUACUACACCAGCACGAUAGGCGACACUCAUUUUGGAUUAUGAACAAGUACGGGGUGAAAGAGUCUUGGACUAUGAUUAUGAUAACCGACUCAUAUUCUUCUAUUUCUUUGAAGCCAUUAUGUUACUGGAAGGAUACCAAGAUAUUACUGGCAAGGAGUUGGAAACAAUUACUUCUUUGCAAUCCAAAUGAUGGAACUUGCAAAAAUUUCUUGGGAAAUGGCCUUCCGGACAAAUUCUGUGCUGAUGUGUAUGUGGAAUGCCUCAUCUCUCCGAAUUUAUGGUUCCGAAGGAACUCGCGGUUGCGUUCAGCCCCGAUUACAGUACUCUACACAUUUCUACUUCUAGUGCACAUGAACUACUUGCUUCUUGUAACUGAGUUGAGCAAGUUUCUAACCAAAAAAAGCAACUGAGAAAAUAGAAAAAGAGGCGCACACAAUUACUUUUGCUGCCCCAAAUUUCGCUAUGUUCUCACGUGGACAUUUUUGCUUCUCAUGCACUGUAAUAAUCCAAGGAAAGUUUAAUUUCCUGGUGUAAGUAAACGAGCGAUGCAUUACUGAAAUGGAUCUUCUGCAUGCAAACGGCAACAUCAAGCUUUAUGAAUUGGACUUGUCUUCUUCAAAUGCAUGUGUGCAUUUCUGAAGUGGAUUUUACAACUCGCUUGAGCUCCUGUUCUGCUGCGCAAAACAGCUGCAAUUCUAGCUUUCAGGAUUUUGCAACGGAUGAAGCACUCAUGUGCCUGAGACGAAACCCCACGUCGCCAAAUUUGUUGACUAAACUUGUUCAUCCUGGGGUACAGAUUCGUGAGUAUUUGCAUAUGAUUAGAAAUGUGAACUUGUUUAUCUAACGGCUACAAUAGAAUUUAACGUUCUUAUUGUUGAGAAUUAUAUUUAUGUAAAACAUGGAGUUGUAUUCCAUAUGGAAUAAGGACUCUCGUGAGUCAUCUAUCAACUCUCUCUAUUCUCUUUC